UCAAGAUCUUCUUCCCCACGCCAAUCUCCGAUCAAAGCCAAUUCAAAAACCCUAUUUCUUUUUUUUUUCCCGAUCUAGGUAGUCCAGCUCACGUAAGUUAAUCGGAGGAGAAGAAUAAGAAGAAGAUGGGGAUAAUAAGGAGCAGCUUCACAUUCCUGACGGGAACAGUGUGCGGGAUCUACAUCGCUCAGAACUACAACGUUCCUAACAUCAAGACCCUCGGCCGUUGCGCUGCCGCCACGGUGAAGAAUAUGGAGGAGAAGUAUCGCAAACCCAAGAGCAGAGACGACGUCUGACUCAUUCCCACUUUCACGCUUCUCCCGGCGAUUAUCUCAUCCUCCUUGUUAAAUGUUUUUAAUUUUUUUUUUGUGCUUGGGAUUGUAGAUUAAGUUAUAUUCGACAUUAAAACUGAAAAUUCCUUUUUUUUUUAUAUUAUCAGAUUGCUGAAGUUUUCAGCUGAUUGAUCAGUUUAAUCA